AUGAUGUCCACAAGGCUUACCAGGGCUCUGCCCAAGGCCUCCAUCGCUACCCGCGCCGCGGGCAUGCUCAGGAAGCCCAUGACCCCCGCCUUCGCGCGCUUCGAGUCAACGGGAACAGACGGAAAGGUCACUGGUGCCGUCAUCGGUAUCGAUCUUGGUACCACCAACUCCGCCGUUGCCAUCAUGGAGGGCAAGGUCCCCCGCAUCAUUGAGAACUCCGAGGGUGCCCGUACCACUCCCUCCGUCGUCGCCUUCGCUGAGGAUGGUGAGCGCCUUGUUGGUGUUGCCGCUAAGCGUCAGGCUGUCGUCAACCCCGAGAACACCCUCUUCGCCACCAAGCGUCUCAUCGGCCGCAAGUUCACCGACGCCGAGGUCCAGCGCGACAUCAAGGAGGUUCCCUACAAGAUCGUCCAGCACUCCAACGGCGAUGCCUGGGUUGAGGCCCGUGGCCAGAAGUACUCUCCUUCCCAGGUUGGUGGCUUCGUCCUCAACAAGAUGAAGGAGACCGCCGAGGCUUUCCUCAGCAAGCCCGUCAAGAACGCCGUCGUUACCGUCCCCGCCUACUUCAACGACUCUCAGCGUCAGGCCACCAAGGAUGCUGGUCAGAUUGCCGGCCUCAACGUCCUCCGUGUCGUUAACGAGCCCACUGCCGCCGCUCUUGCCUACGGUCUCGAGAAGGAGCAGGACCGCAUUGUCGCCGUCUACGAUCUUGGUGGCGGUACCUUCGAUAUCUCCGUCCUCGAGAUCCAGAACGGUGUCUUCGAGGUCAAGUCCACCAACGGUGAUACCCAUCUCGGUGGUGAGGAUUUCGAUAUCCACCUCGUCCGCCACCUCGUCCAGCAGUUCAAGAAGGACUCCUCCAUCGAUCUCUCUGGUGACCGCAUGGCCAUCCAGCGUAUCCGUGAGGCCGCUGAGAAGGCCAAGAUCGAGCUUUCUUCUUCCCUCCAGACCGACAUCAACCUUCCCUUCAUCACUGCCGACGCUUCCGGCCCCAAGCACAUCAACCAGAAGCUCACCCGUGCCCAGCUCGAGGCCAUGGUUGAUCCCCUCAUCCAGCGCACCAUUGAGCCCGUCCGCAAGGCUCUCAAGGAUGCCAACCUUGCCGCCAAGGACAUCCAGGAAGUCAUCCUCGUCGGUGGUAUGACUCGCAUGCCCAAGGUUGCCGAGUCCGUCAAGUCCAUCUUCGGCCGUGACCCCGCCAAGUCCGUCAACCCUGAUGAGGCUGUCGCCAUCGGCGCUGCCAUUCAGGGUGCCGUCCUCUCCGGUGAGGUCAAGGACCUUCUCCUCCUCGAUGUCACUCCCCUCUCCCUCGGUAUCGAGACCCUCGGCGGUGUCUUCACUCGCCUGAUCAACCGCAACACCACCAUCCCCACCAAGAAGUCCCAGGUCUUCUCCACCGCUGCCGACUUCCAGACUGCCGUCGAGAUCAAGGUCUUCCAGGGUGAGCGUGAGCUCGUCAAGGACAACAAGAUGCUCGGCAACUUCCAGCUCGUCGGUAUUCCCCCUGCCCACCGUGGUGUUCCCCAGAUCGAGGUCACCUUCGACAUUGACGCCGAUUCCAUUGUCCACGUCCACGCCAAGGACAAGUCCACCAACAAGGAUCAGUCCAUCACCAUUGCCUCCGGCUCCGGUCUCUCCGAGUCUGAGAUCCAGCAGAUGGUUGAGGACUCCGAGAAAUACGCCGAGCAGGACAAGGAGCGCAAGGCUGCCAUCGAGUCCGCCAACAAGGCCGAUGGUGUCCUUAACGACACCGAGAAGGCUCUCAACGAGUACGCUGACCGUCUCGACAAGGCCGAGGCUGAUGCCAUCCGUGAGAAGAUCACCAGCCUCCGCGAGUUCAUCGCCAAGAGCCAGUCUGGCGAGCAGACCAUCUCUGCCGAUGCCCUCAAGGAGAAGAUCGACGACCUCCAGGUUGCCAGCUUGAACCUCUUCGACAAGAUGCACAAGGCCCGUGCUGAGUCUGGCGAGCAGCAGCAGCAGCAGAACACUGAGGGCGAGAAGAAGGAGUAA